AUUCCUUAUUCCAAAGGGUGUUGCACCAAUGUUACAUGAGGAAGUUCAGGAUAUUGUAGUGACCGGUGGAAAUUUAAGAGCAUAUACAGGUAAAGCUUCAACUGAAGAGAUUAAUCGGGCGGAUGAAGGAUCUUUCAACUCAACAGAGGGAAUGGUCGCAGAGAUGCUCGUUGAGUUGCCUCUAGAAACUCGUGUACCAGAAACAGGUGCGGGAUUACAAGCUGGGGACAUCACUGAUCAUUCAAUUUUAGAGACCCCACCCAGGUUCGAUGACAACAUUACUAAGUCACAAUGGUUGAUCCCUGACGAAAUGUUACCAAGCCAAAUAGGUUCGUCAGGAUUCUCUGUGUUUCAUCAAACGGGUAACAAAGGAUUUGUUAUGCCAGUAAUGUCCGCUGACAAAGGAAUACAAGAGGCAGUGAUUAAUGCUGAAGUUGUAAUUGCUCAACCAGAUGUUAUUCCAACUAGGAUAGUCAAACCUAGUAAAUACUUCAGUUCACCUUACAUGACCAAUUACGGCUCUGCAGAAGCUUCUGUUCAAGACCACACACCUUCCAUUUUUAAAAAGAAGCAUCCAUUUGUUGAAGAUCCAAUUAAUGGCCCGCGAAAUACUUCGCUUAUUCAACAAUACCGGAUUUGGCUUGAACAAGAUCUGCUUCUAAGGCAUGAUAAAAAAAAGGGCAAGGAAAGCCGUUACAAAAAGAAUAAGCACGCUUUGGAUCCAGAUGACAUCAACUUUCGCUUCAAUUUUGGUGUGUUACAUGUUGAUGACAAAAACUGGUUCUAUCUCUUAUCGAUGAAUGGCCAGUCUUGGAAUGAUGAGCAUAUUGAUGUCAUUUUUUACUACUUGCGGAAGAAAGGCAAGUACGACAAGGAUAACAGUUUCAAAUUCACAACCGUUAACUGUAUGUUCUUCUCCAAAAUUGACGAAAUUCAUCGUGCAUAUGCUAAUCCGGAGGGGACCAGUAGUGUUGCCAGUUCGGAGAACGAAAUAUGCGAGUACAUUAAUGGGUAUAGGAUGCUGGCUAAUGUGCCAUGGCAUACAGUUGAUUGUGUACUCAUCCCUGUCAACAUCAAAGAGGAAAAUCAUUGGAUCUUGAUUGUAGUGCCAUUCACAGACAGGCGUCUGUACAUCUACAACUCAUACCGAGCUGCUGGUCAUGAUGUUAAUUCUCAACCAAUAAUCAUUUUUUUUUCAUUUUCGUGGGAUUGUGGUGUGUAUGUUGCCACAUUUGCUGAAUACUUUUGUUCUGGACGAGGCGUUCCAUCUGAAAUUGAGGCAGAAUUACUACGUAAUAGAUACGGGGCAUUACUAUGGGAAUACGGAUGGCAAAAGGCUGAUUUGAAUGCCUUCAGUGACAAUGAACUGCCGCCAAGACCAGUUAGGCCUGCAAUAGAUUACAACGCGGUCGACACAGUAGUUGUUAAUUAG